ACUCCUUAGAGGGCAAAUGAUUCUGGGACUACUGGUAUGGACUCUUAUCGCCGGAACGGAGUACUUCCGGGUCCCUGCAUUUGGCUGGGUCAUGUUUGUAGCUGUAUUUUACUGGGUCCUCACCGUCUUCUUCCUCAUCGUCUACAUCACGAUGACCUACACCAGGAUCCCCCAGGUGCCCUGGACAACCGUGGGUCUGUGCUUUAAUGGCAGUGCCUUCAUCCUGUACCUCUCGGCCGCUAUUGUGGAUGCAUCGUCCGUCGCCCCGGAGAGGGACAGCCACAACUUCAACAGCUGGGCGGCCUCCUCGUUCUUCGCCUUCCUGGUCACCAUCUGCUACGCUGGAAACACAUAUUUCAGUUUUAUAGCUUGGAGAUCCAGGACCGUCCAGUGAUUAGCCAUUUUGAGAAUUAUGGGGGGAUUGGAGGGGGGUAAGGAAGCCUCUCACUGUAAAAACAGCUGUAGGUCUACUGUAUAUUUCCAGAGAACUGUAUUUAACUAAUGUUUUUUAUAUACUUAGUUAAAUUUUGCUCACAGUGGUUUGUUACAAUGAAACUGGACACCUAUUUGCAAAAGAGCGAUAGGUUGUGAUGACCUCUUCAGGAUCUUGUCAGAUGUCUUCGUAGACAUUAUUAUUAUUAUUAUUUUCUUAGGUGAUGUAUACAUGGAUAACAUGCUAAUAUGAAGAAUGUGUCAAGUUUGUAAACCUUUAACUUUUAAAAUGCCAGAUUUUUUUUCGAUUAAAUGUUUCAAAACCUUG